GUCUUGGAUAUCAUCAGUGCUAUAGACAGAUUUACAGGGUCUGCAGAUCCAUCAGUAGAUUUCCAACCAAUAGUUUUCAAGUUGGAUUUUCUGCAAAGAAUAGCUGUCGGCCUCGAUGUGGAUGAACUAGUCACAGAAUUGAUUGGACAUGCUUACAGGAUGUUGGUUGAAAUUGAUCAAAGAAACCUUGUUAACUAUGCAUAUCAAGCUCCAUUGAAUAGUAGAGGGCAACGAGGGAGACCUUCAUAUGAAAUCAGCGAGGAACAGCUUCAUUUUUUACUUGAGCAAGGGUUUAAAGUAUGUGACAUAAGUAAAAUCCUUGGGGUGAGUGCCAGGACAGUUGAGAGGAGGAUGUCAACAUUUGGGUUGAGUGUAUCAGGUAUAAAGUAACAUGAAUCUUUUAUUUUUGUCUAAUGAGAUGAUAAACUACUACAAGGACAAUUUUUAUAACAAAGUGAUAAUAUUUAGUACAGGAUUAAGGCUAUAAAAAAGUAAUGUUGAUAGUUGUUGCACCAAGCAGUGGUGAUUAAGAUUUUGCAAAUUAAAAUGUUGACUUCCACUUACUUUUACCUAGGGAUCCACUCCCAUAAAUGAUAGAUUUUUCCUUAUACCAUCAUUAUCUUUAUUGUUGUUGACCUUUCACACUUCAGGGUAGCUUGACUGAGAAAAAGUUACAAUGUCAAGUGUAGCCUCAGGCCUGAAGAAUGUUAUUAAAUAAUUAUUAUGGCAGUUUUACAUAUCUGGAUGCCCAGUAUUAGUAAAACACACAGAAGUGUUUGAACUAAAAUUUUGUUCACCAUUCUACCUAGCUUGAGAUUUAUGACAAAAUCAUGCUAAAGUAAAGUUAUUAUUAUUAUUGUUAUUAUUAUUAUUAUCAUCAUCAUCAUCAUCACCAUCAUCAUUAUUACUAUUCAUUACCCAACACCUACAAUGAAAAUUUUUUACUCCAUUAUAUUGCUUUGGUUCAGGUAUGUUCAGUGAUAUAGAAGACAACCAACUGGAUGAGCUCGUUCAAACUGCUUCAAGCCAGCAUCCUGGAAUGGGUAUAAGAAUGCUCAAAGGUUAUUUACAAAGCAAAGGGUUUCGCAUUCAGCGGGAAAGAAUAAGAUUAUCCCUGUUGCGAACAGAUCCCAUUGGUAUUAUGGAGAGAUGGAGAAGUACCACUAGGAGGCGACAUUACAAUGUUAGGUAUCCACUCUCACUAUGGCACAUAGAUGGGAACCAUAAGCUGAUAAGGUACUGAUAAAGAUACCUGUUGUACAGUGUACAUUGUCAUAGUUUCCCCUCGUGAUCUUGUGCGUGGGUCCAAGUUAAACACAAUCAAAAUUCUGCUACUGGAUACCUCCUGUAAACAUACACACCUUGAAUGAACCAAAAAGAAAACACUAAACUGUGGCCACAACACCAGCUAAUGCAAGACUUUUUAAACUGUGUUUUAGCUACAGUUGAAGACAUUGAUCAUGAUUGAUAACUGUUUCCCUGUCCCCAUCUUUUUUAACCCCUUGCAGGUAACACCAAACAUGAUAAGGUUGCCCUAACAGGAGCUUUUAUUUUUUGUUUGUCACUCUUGUAUGUAAAUUAAGGGGUUUUUUUAACAGAUGGAGAAUUGUUAUACAUGGAGGAAUCGAUGGCUUUUCUCGAAUCCCAGUCUAUUUGAAGGCCUCAAAUGACAACAAGGCAAGCACUGUUCUUUCAUGUUUUCGUGAAGCUGUGUCAGAGUACGGCCUUCCAUCUCGGGUCCGCUCUGACAAAGGAGGGGAGAACGUAGAUGUAGCAACCUAUAUGCUUACUCACAUCCAGCGAGGGCCAGGAAGGGGAAGUAUGAUAACAGGUACAGAGUACUGCAUCAUUAUUACUUAGGUUAGACUAUGAGCAGUCCCCAUUUUUCCUCAGGGAUAGUAGAGCGCAUCUCCCCGCCGCGUCUCUCCUUUCUCGCGUGGGAUGAUUUUUAUGAUGCACGGUUUCACUUAAUCUACUAUCCGUUAAGAAAAAUGGGGACUACUUGUAAUCUAUCUUUCCUUAGCUAGAUGACCUUUCCUGGGUUUGUAAUAGAUGGGAUCUUGAAUUCAGGCUAUACUUUAAGAUCCUGAAUAGGUUUUAACAAAGGAUGCUACAUUUUAUAUAAUGAAAUAGAUACUUAUGGGAUCAUGAACUAAUCUUGAGGAUUUCUAGGCAAGGAGAAAUGAUGCUGUAUGAAUAGUAUUAUAUUACUAUUAAUAACUCACAAGUUUCAUUAAAUUAGUUUAAGGGGAACUGUUUUCAUGAAUGCUUGUGUGUGUUGUUAAAAAUCAGCAUGGUGUUUGUCAUGCUUCCAAAUCCGGUUGUGACUUGUUUUAAGUAUGAUGGUAAUUGAAGAAACUAUUAAGCCCGGAAGGAAUCAAGAGACUAUUAAACAAUUCUUUCUUUUCUCCUUUUCUUUCCUUUUUUUUUAAGCGGGGGCGGGGGGAGUAUUUGACACCAAUUGUUAGAUAAUGUUUAACAGAUAAUUAAGUAAACUAAAAUUUUAUUAAUCUAUAAAAUUAUAUUCUUUGCAAUCACUAGGAAAGAGCACACACAAUCAAAGGAUUGAACGACUUUGGAGAGACUUAUAUGGGGGCUGCCUUAGCCUCUUCUAUGAACUCUUCUAUACCCUAGAAAACCAGGAUGUGUUAAAUGCAGAUGAUGAUUGUCACCUCUGGUGCCUACAUUACGUGUUCGUGCCUAUCAUCAACAGACAUCUGAGUAAUUGGAAAGACGCAUGGGUUCACCAUCCAUUACGUACAGAAAGAAACAGAACGCCCAUGCAGUUAUGGAUUAGUGGACUGCAAGAGGCAUGGGGAUUUCUUGGUCCUGAAGGUGAAGUGUUCCAGGUAUGUAACAUGUUUGGUUUCAUUUAAUCAGCAUUACUUGUGUCAAAUGUAAUAACUAAAAAUUAUGAUCACCAAUCUCUAUCCUCAGGCCUGCAUUGCAAGAAAUUGGGGGUUAAUGCUUUGGCAGCACAUAUGUAACAAAUUGCUCACAAUAAUCCUUUUUUUUUUUAGGGCGAUUAUAGCAACUAUGGGAUUGAUUGGCAAGGUCCCGUCCCAGAACAAUGCCCUGAUUAUGUUGAAGUUCCGGACACAAACUGCCCAUUCACUGAGGAGGAAAUGCAUCUCCUACCUGUAACAGACAAUUUAACAUAUUUAGAGGGGGUUGAAGUAUUCAACCAAAUCACCAACUUACUGUAA